UGAAGGACCGAGAUGGCCUUCCGAAUCAGACUGCACCAACGCCAGCUUCUCUAAUUUCACAUGAUGCCGCACAUAUAUUUGACAAUGCUGCUGUGGAAUAUCAGCUCAGCGCUGACCGUGAAGAAAUGGUUGCUCCUGAUGUGUCAAGAGUAUUGGUGAUAUAUACUGGAGGAACUAUUGGUAUGGUCAACAAUUUGGAGCAUGGUUACAUGCCUUUACCAAAUUACCUAGCCAAAACACUCGCUUCAGUGGCUCGAUUCCAUGAUCCGGUUGACCCUCAAGGUUUACAGUAUCGAUCACGAAGCAACUCCACAGACAAUCUUGCAGAAGAAUUGAGAUCAACAGUAUUAUCGUCAGCUAAAUCACCCGCUGCACUAUCUGAGCCGAUCUUAGAAAGCGGCUCGGCUAGUCCUACGUUUCCCAGACCAAAAGUGAACACCGUCAAUAUGAUCAAGCCAAGUGGCCCCAAUGCAAAUCAGAAGGUUUCCGUACAACUUCCAAGUCUCAUCACUCCUGUUAGUUUGUAUGGGAAAAGAAUAAGAUAUUCGAUUUUGGAGUAUGAGCCGUUGUUGGAUUCUUGCAACAUGACCAUGGAGGAUUGGAUCCGUAUCGCGCGUGAUAUCGAAUGCAACUAUCAAAAUUUCGAUGCCUUUAUCAUCUUGCAUGGGACGGAUACUAUGGCUUAUACUGCAAGCGCUCUGAGCUUUAUGCUAGAAGAUUUAGGGAAAACUGUCAUUGUUACAGGUUCGCAAGUACCUUUGACGGAAGUCCGCAACGAUGCAGUAGAAAACUUGCUUGGAGCUCUUACCAUCGCUGGUCAUUUUGUCAUACCAGAAGUCUCUUUGUACUUCAAUGAAAAGCUGUUUAGAGGUAAUAGAACAAGCAAGAUCAGUGCAGUCGACUUUGACGCUUUCGAUUCGCCAAACUUGGCCCCUCUCGUUCAAGUCGGUAUCAAUAUAGAUGUUGCAUGGCAACAAGUCCUCCGUCCAGUCCAUAUUGCCAAGUUCAAAGCGCAUACCCACCUCAAUUCCAAUGUUGCUUCCCUUCGAUUGUUUCCCGGUAUUACAGAGCAUACGGUUCGCAUGUUUUUAACCCCACCUAUGCAAGGUGUAGUCCUUGAAACAUAUGGAGCUGGUAACGCCCCUGCACGUUCCGAUCUAUUAGCCGCUCUCAAAGAAGCUUGUGACCGUGGAGUGAUUAUUGUUAAUUGCACACAAUGCAGAAAAGGUCUAGUCACGGAUGCCUACGCCACUGGCAAACAGCUGGCGCAAAUUGGAGUCAUCGCAGGAGCGGAUAUGACAGCAGAGUGUGCGUUAACAAAAUUAUCCUACCUGCUUGGAAGGUCCGAUCUCAGCAUUCCCCAAGUGAAGAAGCUCAUGACUAUGAAUUUGCGAGGAGAAUUGACCAUACGAGCACCUCGCCAAAGAUUCACAGCUCAUAGUCGUACGCAUGCAUUGAUCCAGACAAUUGUUCAAGCAUCGAGCACAGGUGACGGUAACAUCACCAGCCAAACAUUACAAGAGCGCGUCUUGAUUGAGAAGGCCAUGUAUCCUAUUUUACUAUGCUCAGCCGCAGCAACCGAUGACAUGGAAGGCCUUCUUAUGUUACAUGAAAACUUGGGCGACAUGAUCAAUUUGAAUUGCGUGGACUAUGACGGACGUACACCACUUCAUAUCGCCUGUAGCGAAGGUCAUUUGCGAGUAGUAGAAUUCUUGCUGCUACAUGGUGCGAGUGUCCACACUCGUGAUCGAUUUGGCCAUACACCGCUUUUCGAUGCGUCAUGUGAAAAAAGAGAAGAUGUAGUUAGAAUCAUGCGACUAGCUGGUGCCCAUUUUGCGUUCGGUGAUUUUGAAGAUCUCGGAUACAAAUGGUUACGAGCCAUUAAGGACAACGACAGUCGAUUUGUUCGCAUCGCCAUUAGCGCAGGUUGGAACGUCAACUGGUGUGAAGGUGUCGAUGGCCAACGAGCCAUUCAUAUAGCUGUCAAGGAAGCGCGCAUUGGAAUGGUAAAGACUUUGCUAGGUGAAGCCAGCUUGCAGAUCAAUGCGGCCGACAGGUGGUCCAAAACUGCCCUCAACCAUCUCGAUCAAUUGGAGAGCUAUGUCAAGUCUGGUACGCCUGUCACCAAAGUCACUUUGGAUACCAUCAGUGAAAUACGGUCGUUGAUUGAAACUCGAAUCAAAAGAGAUCUUGCCCGCCAGGCUUCCAAUUAGUAUGAUCCUGCAUACACUUUUUUUCUCUUUUUUUUUUUUCUUAUGAAGAAAACCAUCCUAACUUUCCAACUUCAAAUUUUGCAUUAUCUCUCAUAACCUUGUUUCUUUCUUAUUCUUGGAACGCCGCCCAUCAUCACGGUAUAUUGUAUUUAUUAAAGAUCUAUUAUAUUUUCGCC